UUAAAGCAGGACUGAAAUAAAAAAUAUUCAUUUACAAAUAUUUAUAAGUUUGUAAUUCACCCAAUGGUUAGGUAGCAUACCAAUCAACAUACAUAAAAUUAGGGCUCUCAAACAUUGCAUGACUUCUUUUACAUGUACUUAUAUUUUAGAUCCCAAAUAGCUCAUGCUUACUUCAUUCUUUCUUCUUAAAAACAUAGAUCCUAUCACACACACACACACACACACGCACGCAUACACACAGAGAUGGAGAUAGAUAUGAAGGAAGAGAUAAACAAUUUAAUCAUGGUAUUGUUCACAAUUGGUAUUUCAUCAAGCUACUGCUAUGGCAUAACUAAAUUGGUGAGAAAAGGUAUAAUCAGAUUCUUGUUGUUCUUACCUGUGCUAUACCUUCUCUACAUUCUUCCACUCUAUUUAAAGGCUCUCAUUUUCAAUAUUCCAAUUGCAUUUUUUGUAACAUGGCUAACCCCAUUCAAGCUUCUACAAUUGGUCUUUGACACUGGCCCACUCUCCAAUCCAUCCCUCUCUCUCCUCCAUUUUGUAACCAUUUUUUGUUUUCCCAUUAAGCCCCACCAAAAGCCCACCGGCCCAACCAAGCCCAAUCAGCCCAAUGACCUCACACACUAUGCUAUAAAGGUGCUUCUUUUCUUGCUCUUAACAAAAGUGGAGUAUUCCAAGCACAUGAUUCCUCAGAUGUUAAAUUCAUUCCUAAUAUGCAUCUAUUCUUACCUAGCAUUAGAAAUAACACUGGGGGCAUUCGCGGUCAUCGCUCGAUCUUUAAUAGGAAUCGACACCGACCACCCGUUCGAUCAUCCUUACCUCUCGACAUCACUGCAAGACUUUUGGGGCCGUAGGUGGAACCGUGUUGCCUCGAGUUGUUUAAAAUCCACUAUAUUUUUUCCCUUCCUGAAUGGCAUGAGCCGGAUAUUAGGCCGAAAAUGGGCUGCAAUCUCAGCCUCGGUGGUCACAUUUAUAGCGUCGGACGUCAUGCAUGAGAUCGUCUUUUACUAUAUGGACCGUGUGAGGUUUGGAUGGGGCUUGCCAACCUUCUUCAUUUUUCAAGGAAUUUGUGUUGUUAUAGAGAGCACAACAAAGAAGAAAAUAAAAACUACAUUGAGACUGCCUCAAAGAGUAAUUGGGCCUUUGAUAUUUGUAUGUGUUGUGACUACAUUUAUGUUGUUGGUCGUGCCAGAGUUGUUGGAGCACAGAGUUGAUGAUAGAGUUCUUGGAGAAUAUGUAGCUUUAGCUCAGUUUUUAAGGAUUCGGGCCUAGAUUGGGCUUGAAAUGGGCCGAUAUUUGUGUACAAUUUACAUGCACACACCUGCGGUUAUGUGGUCCAGAUUCAAAAUAUUAAAUAAAUGAAACAAUAUCAAUGUA